AUGGAGAAUCAGCAGGGUCAAAGACAGGCAGUGGACAACUUGCCAUCCCCGGAAGCACCAGGAGCGAACCCGCCCUCGCCGACUUUGAAUCCGGCUCACCAGCACCAUGAUGCCCACCAUGUCCGUGAAUCCAUCAAUGCUGAGAAACCUGCCAUAGGCGGAACAGUUACCGAACGAGGCCUUUCCGAUACCAGUCACAGAAUACAGAGCUCGACUGAAAAGCCUAUCGUCGAGAAUCUUAGCGACGUUGAAGGUGGGCAGCCCGUCGAGGAGGGCAGCCGACGUAGCAUAUGGGCGCGUUACAAAAAGGAGAUUCGUCUCGCGAUACACUUAGCAAUCUGGAUAUUGUUCACUGGUUGGUGGAUUGCUGGUUUGAUCCUUCGCCGCAAAGAGCUUGGAUGGGUAGUUCCAUUCCUAGUCUAUCUCGGCGUUACUCUACGUCUUAUCUUCAACUACGUGCCUAUUUCCAUAGUCACCAAGCCGAUAUACUGGCUAUGGUCCCAUACCGCAGAACCUGCCGCUCGCCUGAUCCCUACGAAACUGCAGACACCUCUUUCCGCUGCUCUAGUUGUAUGCGUGAUUGUUAUCGGCGCAUUCGCAUCCGAGGAGUCACAGGAUAACACCCGUGCAAACCGCGCAAUCAGUUUGUUUGGGCUUGCUCUGCUCAUUUUCUGUUUAUGGGCGACGUCUAAGAACAGAAAGAAGAUUGUAUGGCGUACAGUCAUUGUUGGGAUGCUCGUGCAAUUCGUCAUUGCUCUCUUCGUCUUGCGCACGCAGGUUGGAUACGAUAUCUUCCACUUUAUUUCUCAGCGUGCAACAGAUCUAUUAGGAUUCGCAUCCCUCGGUACCCAAUUCCUCACUACUCCCGACGUGAAGAAAGUGACCUGGUUUUUGGCCAAUGUUGUACCUGCGAUUAUUUUCUUCGUUUCACUGGUUCAGCUCCUUUAUUAUGUUGGGUUCGUCCAGUGGUUCGUCGUCAAAUUUGCCUCGUUCUUUUUCUGGGCAAUGCGAGUUUCUGGGGCUGAGGCCGUUGUCGCUGCAGCCUCGCCGUUUAUCGGUCAGGGAGAAUCAGCUAUGCUGAUUCGCCCAUUUAUCAACUACCUAACCAUGGCUGAGAUCCAUCAAGUCAUGUGUUCCGGUUUUGCGACCAUAGCUGGAAGUGUGUUGAUCGCCUAUGUUGGCCUGGGGGUUAAUCCUCAGGCCUUAAUCUCAUCCUGUGUGAUGAGUAUCCCUGCAUCUCUGGCGGUUUCGAAGAUGAGAUAUCCCGAGACUGAAGAGACCCUUACCGCUGGCCGGGUGGUCAUUCCAGAAGACGAGGAGCACAAGGCAAAAAACGCACUUCACGCAUUUGCAUCUGGCGCUUGGCUGGGUCUUAAAAUUGGUAGCAUGAUAGCUGCCACACUACUCUGUAUUAUCUCCUUAAUUGGUCUUAUCAACGGCCUUCUUACUUGGUGGGGUCGUUACUUGACCAUCGAUGACCCAGAUCUUACCCUUGAGCUCAUCUUGGGCUACCUCUGCUAUCCAAUUGCCUUCCUCCUAGGCGUUCCUCGAACCGGCGAUCUUUACAAGGUUGCCCAACUAAUUGGCCUUAAACUUAUCGCGCAGGAUCCCGAGUAUGCCAAUCUCUCCCCUCGAUCUCGAUUAAUCGCUACAUAUGCCCUUUGCGGAUUCGCAAACAUUGGCUCUCUCGGCAACCAAAUUGGUGUUUUGGCUCAACUGGCACCUGGCCGUAUUGGGGACGUGUCACAAGUAGCUUUGAGCGCCAUGUUAACAGGGGCAUUAAGCACAUUUACCAGUGCUAGCAUCGCUGGGCUUCUGGUUACCGACCAACAGCAGGUCUUCACACCGAAGAACAUGACCAUGCCGUCCACUUAG